ACGUUUGCGUAGCACGUUGCUGCCUUCUCGCUCGCACUCGCUGUGCAAAUUAUACAUAUUUAUAUAUGUGUGUGUGACAGUUAAAUAUUGAUGCCAAGCACCACAAAAUAAACUGAAAACUAGCCGCAAUUUGGCUACAACUCUUUUUUAUCGCACUCGUUGAAUUGCUCUCGCUAAUUGCGUCAAGUGUAUGUGUCAAAAUAGUGUGCAAAUUACAGAAGAAUUAAAAUCACAUUAAAGCAAACAGCAAAAAUUUUUUAUACAUUUUUUUUUAUUGUGUGACGGUGAAACAAACAAAAAGAAAAGUUAAGUAAAGUGAAGUGAAGAGAGGCAAAUACAAUUGAAUUGUUGCUGUGUUUAUUGUGCGAAAAGUGAACGACAAGAAAAUAGCAAGAAAAGCCAAAACAAACACAAACACAACACAGAAAACAAAGAAAACAAGAAGUGGAAAAAUGGGCCAACUGCAAAGGCAGCGAGUAUUUCUACUCGCCACACUCUAUGUGGCACUCUGCAGCUGUUUGACUAUAGAGUUGAGCAGUGCACAGGCCACGCCCACAUUGGAGAUAUUCCCAAAGCAGUCGGAGCAAAGGAAACCGGUGGGAAAGCCCCUAAUAUUGACCUGUCGACCCAAUGUGCCGGAUCAAGCGCUUGUCACCGAUCUGCAGUGGAAGGAUAAUAUGAACAACACCAUAUUACCCAAGCCAACGGGACGCAAUCAGCCACCGAUGUACACGGAAACGCUGCCCGGCGAUAGUUUGGCUCUGAUGAUAACAUCCCUGUCUAGCGAAAUGACUGGCAAAUAUUAUUGCACUGCUUCAUAUGCAAAUACCGAAUUACUUCAGACCAGUGUCUCAAUUAAAACUUAUGUGGCCAUUACCUGGACGAAUGCGCCGGAGAAUCAAUUUCCCAUACUGGGCGAUGAUUACGUGGUCAAGUGCGAAGUGAAAGCGGAUCCAAAUCCAACCAUCGACUGGCUACGCAAUGGUGAUCCGAUACGCACAGAUGACAAGCACGUGGUACAGACUCAUGGUUUGUUAAUACGUCAGGUUGCUGAAUCGGAUGAUGGCAUUUACACGUGCCGUGCUGCCGUCAUUGAUACCGGUGAACUUUUGGAGCGUACCAUUCGCGUGGAGGUCUAUAUACGUCCCGUGAUUACCCAUUUGCCCAGCACCCUUGAGGCCAUCGAGGGUAAACCGUUUGCGGCCAACUGUACGGCUAUUGGUAAACCCGUGCCGGAGAUUAGCUGGAUCAAGGACUCGGUACAAUUGAAUGUGGCAACUGCAGACCGUUUUACAGUGAAUGCGUUGACAGGUCUGUUGACGGUUAGUUCGGUUACCCAGGAGGAUUACGAUACGUACACAUGUAUUGCCAAGAACGGUGCUGGCGUUGUGGAUCAAAAGACCAAACUGAAUGUCCUCGUACGACCCUCGGUCUAUGAGCUCUACAAUGUGACGGGUGUGAGCGGCAAGGAAAUUGCCAUCACCUGCCGUGCCAAGGGCCGUCCCGCUCCGGCCAUCACCUUCCGUCGCUGGGGUACCGAGCAGCAGUACACCGCCGGAGAGCAGAUCAAUGACAAUCGCAUUACUUUGGAACAGCAUAUGGAUGAGGAACGUGGCGAGAGCUCUGGCACAUUGCGUAUUACCAAAUCAACUCGCAUGGACGACGGUUUGUAUCAGUGUAUAGCCAGCAAUAAGGGUGAUACCGCCUACAAGACCGGACACAUUGCCGUCGAAUUCCCCCCAGACUUCAGUCACAUGAAGGAGCUGCCACCUGUAUUCAGCUGGGAACAGCGUAAAGCGAAUCUCAGUUGCCUGGCCAUGGGUAUACCGAAUGCAACCAUCGAAUGGCGCUGGAACGGUCGCAAUAUUAAGGAUCUGUACGAUACAAACCUAAAGAUCGAAGGUACCGGACCACGCAGCGAUCUCAUCGUACAUCCCGUGACACGUCAAUACUAUUCGGCCUACAAGUGUAUUGCCACCAAUAUUCACGGUAUCGCCGAGCAGGAUAUGCAGCUGAAGGAGGCACGCGUACCGGACUUUGUAUCCGCCGCAACGCCGCGUCAAUUGACAGCCACCACAAUUACGUUUGAUAUACGUGGACCACCCACAGAGCUGGGACUACCGAUAUUGGCAUUUAGUGUGCAGUACAAGGAGGAAUUGAAUCCCGAUUGGUCAACGGCGCUCAAUCGCAGCUGGUCACCCGAUUCCCCUUACAUUGUCGAGGGUCUGCGGCCCCAGACCAUGUACAGCUUCCGUUUUGCGGCCCGCAAUCAAGUUGGUCUGGGCAAUUGGGGUGUCAAUCAACAGCAGUCGACGCCGCGUCGAUCGGCUCCCGAGGAACCCAAGCCACUGCACAGCCCCGUCCAGAACGACAAGGAGGAGCCCGUUGUUGUGUCUCCCUAUUCGGAUCACUUUGAGUUGCGCUGGGGUGUGCCUGCCGACAAUGGUGAGCCCAUCGAUCGCUACCAGAUCAGAUACUGUCCGGGCGUAAAGAUGGCUGGCAUCUGGACCGAGCUGGAGAAGCAGUGUAAUACCAUUGAGGUGGUUGAGACCACAUCGUAUCAGAUGACGGAUCUGAGCGGUAACACGUAUUAUCGGAUUGAGUUGAAGGCGCAUAAUGCGAUCGGUUAUUCAUCGCCGGCAGCGAUUAUUAUGAAGACGACACGAGACAACCCCUUUCCGUACUCAUCAAGCAGCGCCACACGAGCACUGUCCACGUAUCCACAACUUCCACUGCUUGCCACAACCACACUGCUUCCGCUGCUGCUGCUGCCGCUGCUGCUGCUGACGACGCGCACUGCUUAAACGAUCGACACAAGCAGUGCACGGAACACGGAGGAUAACGAAGCUGCAAAUUUUUCGUUCAGUUCAAUCGCUAUAUUUUUUUUUUUCUUCUUUUAUUGUCGAGCAUUGUAAAUAAUAUUAAGAAAAUAUACCAAAAAUCAAUUAUAUAUAUAUAAAAAUACCACAGACAUGCAUACUACAUACUUAAAUGCAGGCGAAAAAAAAAAUACCAAAACGAAAAAAUACUACAUAUGAUAAAUAUCUUUAGGGUGUUAUAAAUAUGUGCGCUAUAUAUAUGAUUCCAUUCAAUGUACAAAAUACAAAUGCUAAAUGCCAAAAAAAAAAAAAAAAAAACAAGUCACAAAAAACUACAGAAAAAAUACCAAAUAUACAUACUCGGUAUGUCGAGAACGCUAUCGAUUUUUAAGCUAAGAACAACAUCAAAUUGUUAGUUCAUUCAAAAAGUUAUUUAGUUCUAGUUUUAUUUCGAACAUAUCCCAAAAAGUGAAAAUCUUCCAAGAAUCCUAUCACCUCUUCCAAUAAUACACUAAAUUUAUUUUCAAUGCAUAAUAGAACUCAAAAACCAUUUGAAUAAUACACACUGCCAACCAAAAAUAUAAAAACAAAUAUUCCAAAAUUUUAAAGAUGGAAAACCCAUAGAAAAAAUAAAAAAUCUGAUAGCUCGUGUUUUUAUAACUAUACCUAAAGCAGACAUACAAACAGAUAUUCUUUAGGAAACUGUACCAUUUGGUAGUUUUUCCUUAUAUUCCGUUUAUAGGAAGUAAAUCCGUUGGUCUAACUAUGAGAACUAACCUCUGGCUAAAGCUGAAUCUUUUGGUACAGCCAAAUUUUUUUUGAUCUUGAUUAUAUACAUAAGGGAAUUGACCAGAUCAAAUGUCUACAAUAUACAUAUAUAGCUUAAACAAAAACAAACGGAAAUACUGAAAUCGUUAUAUUAAAAAUAGUUGUUUCUUUUUUACGAUUCUCACAAUCAACUUUAGUCAAAUUGUAUCGGAUUAUAUAGAAACGAUCGGUAGUCCGAUUAUAAUUGUUCGUUCUUGUUAUACUUUUUUGUUGUUUAAUUGAUAGUAAAUUGAAAAACACCACCGUUAACACUUGAAUGCAAUCCAAAUAGUCAGUUUCAGAUACGAUCAGAUAUUGAGGAUGAGUUAGGUGUGGUUUUAUUUCUUUCGUUUAGAAUAUUGAACGUAUACGUUAAGGGGACAAUAAGUAACUGAAAGUAUGUUGAAAACUUAGUAAAUCUUUAUGUAAGGCAUGCUGGUAAAACAGCACAGCACCUCCCCUUGCUCCUUUACCCUUUAUCCCAAUCUUCAAAAAAAAAAAAAAAAAAAAAAAAAAAAAAAACAUGUUUCCAACCAACGAAUUUGUUUCACAUGGUGUAUUAAGCUUAAAGAAUGUGCUCAUUGAACAUUAAACUCUACAUACAUAUAUACCCUAUACAUAUACAUAUAUAUAUAUGCCAUAUAAAAAAAAAAAAAAAAUACGAAACAAGUUCAACUUAGACAAAAUAUUCCUGUAUACAAUUUUUAGUAAACGAAAUGAAACGUAACUUUUUCUAGCUAAAUAUUUAUAUUAUAUAAAUACAUAUACAAAUAUCGAUCGAUAAUAACAUAAUUCCAUUUAUAACUUUACCAUAUACAAAAUACAAAAGUUAUAUAAAUAAUCUAGUUAGUGAGAUAAUUCAGCCCGCCUAACGUUGCUGAGCAGAUCGUUUAAAUGUUGUUCGUUUUUUUUUUUUUUUUUUAACUAGCUUUGUGAGGAAUAAAUAAAUUAAAAAAAAAAAAUAAAUUACUAAUAAUCUUUAAAUAAUAAUAAUUAAAGAAUUGACUGGCCAUAAAGCUUGGGAAUCACAGAGAAAGUCUAUCAAGCAGUUGACAAAGCAGUUGACUAAGCAGUUUAUCGUAUCAGCAACUGUACAUAAGUUUUAUGCCACAACGAUCAUACGAAAAACAAUAAUUAUACGAUUAGCUACAUCUAUGUAUUACUAUUAAUGUCGUCAGGAGCGUUUUCUCAUCUGCAUGUUAAAUUUUUAAGCUCAGCUCUCAAAAAAUAACAUUACUUUUUUGAAAAGUAGGUAUCAUAUAAAUAGUAGAAAAUAUUUUGCAUUUUUUAAAACAAAAUUUUUGAUGAAAGUUAUCGGUGGAUCGAUAGGUUUUUAUUAAGACAGGCAACGUCAAGUCUAAAAAUGAAUGCCAGGUGGAAACACUGCAAAUAUUAAACAUGUAGUUAAAUUUCCAGUUAAACCUCGUCAUGUGUAUGCUAUAAACGUUAGAGAAUUUAAGUUUAAAAAUUAACAUGUGCAUGAGAAAACGUAACUUAGCGUAAUUAUAAUAGAUUGUGAGAUAUUUCUAACGAUUCUCGCACACACACACACACAUACACCCCCAAAACACACACAACUACAUGCAAAACUAUAAAAAAAAAAAACACAUAAGUGUCAUAAAUGUUGUAAGCAAUCUUAAAAAAAAGUAAAAUAUAAAAUAUCCUAAAAAGUAAGCAGUUCAUUUUGGGUAAUAAAGAAACAACUUUAACAAAAAAAAAAAAAAAUCUCUUAACUUCAAUGUGUGCGAGUGUGUGCCGCUGUGUGUAUAUCGAUUAUUUAUCGAUAACAGCAAAAUGUUAGAAUUAAAUAAUUUAAAAAAAACUAAAAAAAAGACGCCGCAAAGCCGCCAGGUGUGAAAUGCCGACAGGUAAUAUGGUUAUGCAACAAAUUAGCUUGUUAAAUAAUAUAAUUAAUAUGCUAUAAUUAUAACUAUAUUCAUGUUAUAUACAAAUCACACAAUUAAUCGAUUAUAACACAAACUGCAUUCGACUUAAAUCGACUAACAACAA